UAACUUAAGUUGAAUAUUUAUAUGAUGUAGUUCUUGCCAAGUCGAAAGAAACAAACAAUUGGAGCGAGGCAAGUGUUCCCGCCAUGGGAAUGGAGCGAGUGCAGUGUGCCUAUGCCUCUCUGGACGAAGCGUUCGAAAUAGGGAAAGAGACGUAUCAGGGUCAGCAAUACAGCCAGAUUUACUUCGCGCGCCUUCAUUUGAUGCGAACACUCUUGUAUUCCCUCAUUCCUCAUUGGAAACCCAAUUCUCCCGUGUGCACGGUGCUGGGAUUGGAAGAGGGCAAGGAGUGUGUCAUUGUUGGAACCCUCUAUAAACACAUGAAGCUCAAACCUUGCAUUCUUGAUGAGUAUUCUAAGGAGAGAUCAGUGGUUCCACUCGUCAAGCCACAUAACUUCAUACACCCGGAUGAUCACCUAGUUUUGGAAGAUGAAAGUGGGCGGGUUAAGCUCAGUGGGUAUAUCAUUUCGCCAUCUGAAUAUGUAACAGGAAUUGUGGUUGCUUUACUUGGAAAGGAAACGGGGGCAGGCGACUUUUUGGUUCAGGAUGUCCUACAAGCUGGCUUACCACCACAGAUAGAAUUUCCCCUUAAAUCAAGGGAAGACAAAUAUGUUGUUCUUGUGUCAGGGUUAAGUGUUGGGAGCAGCAGCUCUAAUCCUCUUCAGUUUCAGCUUCUCAUUGAUCAUAUUACAGGGCAUUUAGGAGAUGAGAAGGAGCAAAGUAUUGCAUCACAAAUUGCUCAAGUUGUCUUUGCUGGAAAUUUAAUUGAGAUACCUCACAGACUUCUUAAUGGACAGAAUUUGGCUUCAAAGGAUCUCUCAAGAAUGGCUGAGCCAAUAAAGGAGCUAGAUAUUCUGUUGAGUCAGAUAGCUGCUGGUUUGCCUUUGGAUAUCAUGCCAGGACCCAGUGACCCUGCUAAUUUCUCAUUACCACAGCAGUCAUUGCAUAGAUGCCUUUUCCCUGGGUCGUCAACGUAUAAUACUUUUAGAUCUUGUACAAAUCCUCAUUGUUUUGAGCUUGAUAAUGUCAGGUUUCUUGGGACAUCCGGCCAAAAUGUAGAUGAUCUUGAGAAGUAUUCAGAGGCAAAAGAUAAACUUGAAUUCAUGGAAAGGACAUUAAGAUGGAGGCAUUUGGCACCCACUGCACCUAAUACUCUUGGAUGCUAUCCUUAUACUGAUAAGGAUCCUUUCUUCAUUGAGAGCUGUCCUCAUGUUUACUUUAUUGGAAAUCAAGAUAAAUUUGAAACUCGUGUCAUAAAGGGAUCAGAAGGGCAGUUGGUGAGACUCGUAUGUGUUCCUAAAUUCAGUGAAACUGGAGUUGCUGUUAUGCUAAAUCUGAGGGACCUUGAUUGUUAUGCUCUCAGUUUUGGAACUCAAUUCAGCUCAUAAGAAUGCAGAAUGAAGUUGUUGUGGUAUUUAAAUUUGUUUUGGAAGUUUGUUCAUGGUGCUGUUAUUGGUGUAUCUUGGGACAUCAGCCAAGAACUGAAAAUUGAAGCUGACAGUUGAGGAAGGCUAUCUGCGUUUCUUUAGUGCAAUAUAUUUUUGUAAUAUUGAUAUAUAUUGACUUCUAUGUUUAUUUUUCUUAUUAGUUUUCAAUGUAACAUAGUAUUUAUACAUUAGUUGAUAAUCGGUUUGCACUAGGAUGGAAGUCAAUAUUAUUGGUUUGGUCUUAACUUGGCUGGUUCAAGAGGAAUCAAUCAUCUGAUGGUAGAAUCUGACUCUUUUAGCCAUUAAGAUGAUCAAGGAUGGCUGCUUAGACACCCACCUGAGUGCGCCUCUAGUCAAAUCUGUUCUUUCUUGGAAUAAGUAGCUGAUGCUUUAUCCAAGCAUGGUCUUUCCUUAGUAGAUAGAUUGUUUUUUAUUCAGUUCCGGUUUUUCUUUAUGUAAGACGUGCUGAUGUGUUGUCUACGACCUUCCCUCGUGGGUUAGUUUUCUUCUUAAAGCUUAGUUCUACCUCCUUUGAAGGUGGCCUAAUAUUCCUUACUGAUGUUGUAGCUUAAACAAUUUCGUUCUUCUAAUAGGGAAAAUAAAAUAAUGCUUCAA